AUGUUUAAAGGGAAGAGUUUCAUGUUUAUUGGCCUUGCUGGCGGUGAGAAGUCCAAGUUGGUAGAAAUGAUUGAAGAAGAGGAAGGAGAAAUCCAUAAGAGCAUCAAGAAUGAUACCUCCUAUCUGAUUGCCACUGAGAAAGCAGUGAAAGAAAGUGGAGCUACCGUUCAAUCAGCCUUUGAAAAGAGCGUACCAGUGGUGAAGGAUAGUUUCAUUACUGAUUGCGUAGAUCAGUCAAAAUUGCUUUCAGCUGACAGCUAUACCUUUGAUAAGGAUGGCAAUGUGGGAAAAAGUUCUGCUGCCGCUUCCUCAUCCGAUGAUGACAAUAAGAAGAAGAGAAAGAAAGGUGAAGACGACGAAGACGAAGAAGAAGAGGCUAAUGAAGAGAAAAAAGUGGAACCUGCAACCAAAAAGAAGAAAAUUCUCUCCACCGGAAAAGUUCCAGUCGAUGAAGAGAGUGGAAUGCAAACCUCGGGCAAAGUUCUUGUUGAAGGAAAGGACAUUUGGAGUGCCACACUCAAUCAAACCAACGCAUCGGCCAACAAUAACAAGUUCUAUAUUAUUCAAUUGAUUGAAAGUGGAAGCAAAUACUAUGUUUUCAAUCGUUGGGGACGUGUUGGUGCGAAAGGUCAAAACAAACUUACUUCAUUUGGUUCGCUCGACAAGGCUAAAGCUGAUUUUAAGAAGAAAUUUAAAGAAAAGACUACAAAUACUUGGGAAAAUAGAGCCAAUUUCAAAUUUGUCAAAGGAAAAUACGAUUUAGUUGAAUUGGAUUACGAUGAUGAUCAAGAUGAAGCGAAAGAAGAUGAUGAAGAAAUGACAGAUGACCAAGAUAAACCAGUUCCAGACUCAAAGCUUCCAAAAAGAGUUCAGGACUUGAUCAAAUUCAUCAGUAACAAGACUUUUAUUAAUGAAUUAUUGAAAGAAUAUGAAAUUGAUACUAACAAAUUGCCAUUAGGAAAACUCUCAAAGAAUCAGGUUCAAAAAGGUUAUGAAAUCCUUAAAAAGAUUCAAGAUGUCAUUGAUGGAAAGAACAAGAGUGAUGAUUUAGAAAGUCUCUCAAGUAGAUUCUUUACUUUGAUUCCUCAUGACUUUGGAAGAAGAAAUCCACCUGUUAUUAAUCAAAAAACUAUGCUUCAAAAGAAGAUUGAAUUGGUUGAGAGUUUGGCUGAGUUAGAAGUUGCAUCUAAAAUUAUUUCUAAAGAAAAGAAGACAGAAAAUCCAAUCGAUAGCAUUUAUAAUGACUUGCACACAGAGUUAACUCCUGUUGAAAAGAAUUCUGAAGAAUGGAAAUGGAUUGAUAAAUUCAUUCAAAACACUCACGCUCCAACCCACUCAUCAUACACACUCGAAUUACAAGAUGCAUUUGUUGUCAAGAGAGAAGGAGAGGCUGAAAAAUACAUUGAAAAGAGCAAAGACAUUUCAAAUAAGCAAUUAUUGUUCCAUGGUUCAAGAAGUACGAACUUUAUUGGUAUUCUAAGUCAAGGUUUGAGAAUUGCUCCACCUGAAGCACCAGCAACCGGUUAUAUGUUUGGUAAAGGUGUCUACUUUGCUGACAUGUGCAGCAAGUCUGCCAAUUAUUGCCAUUCUCAUCUCUCUGACAAUUGUGGUCUUUUAUUACUCACAGAAGUUGCGUUAGGUGCGACUUACAACAAGACUCAAUCAGAAUUUGUUACUAAGCUACCAGGAUCUUUGGGAAGCACAUGGGGACAAGGACAAUGUGAGCCUAAUGGCUCUGAAUAUUUAGAGAUUGAUUCUACCUGUUCUGGACAAAAAGUUAAAGUUCCAUAUGGUAAACCAGUUCAAACAAAUAGACACAGCAGCUUGCUCUACAAUGAAUACAUCAUUUAUGACACUGCACAGGCAAACUUGAGAUACUUGAUUAAGUGUAAAUUCCACAACAAGUACUAG